UGCCAAUGUCAUCAUAAUAAAAAAAAACAGUAAUCGUCAUUAUCAUCAUUUAAAUAAUCAACAGUUUUAAUGGUUAACAUUUCUAGUUAGUUGUUAGUUUACACUUGACAAUUAACACUCAACAAUUAAAUUGUUCACAAUCAAAAUCAUCUGAUCAUCAAGUGAAUCUUGCAUCUUGGACUCUCUUAAUUAGUGUUAAUCUAAAUUGUUAAUCAGUUGUCCAGUUUUGUUGUUAUAUUCAAUUGUUUGGAUUGAUUUAGUUUGGUGUUUUCAAUUUUGUUGCUCUAAUUGUUGGUUAAUUGUUACGUACAACUAUGGGUCUACUAAUACGAUUGGGUAAAUUUUGUCGUAACAAUUUGUUACCAACGUUAACGAUGAUCAGUGUAAUCGUUUCAAUUGGUUUGGGUAUUGCUUUGCGAUCGAAAGGAUUUACUAAUUGGACUGAUCGACAAUUAAUGUACAUUGAGUUUCCAGGGACAAUUUUUUUACGAUGUUUAAAGUGUCUCAUAAUUCCGAUUAUGAUUACUAGUUUAAUCUCAUCAUUAGCUAAUCUGGAUAACGCUGUUUUCGGUAAAAUAGGCCGACGGGCCGUUGUAUUUUACUUGACGACGACAUUUUUAUCAAUCGUUUUGGGAAUAAUUUUAGUGAUGAUAAUCCAACCAGGGAAAACGGAUAUAAACUCACCAUCGACUUCAUCAUCAUCAUCAUCAUCAUUAGAAUCAUCUGUAGAUAUUAAAAUGACAACAAUUGAUACGAUUCUUGAUUUACUGAGAAACAUUUUCCCAGCGAAUCCAAUUGAAGCGACAAUCUAUUCAACUCGAACUGUCCUAACCAAGCCCGAAGAUGCUAAUGAUACUUACAACAACGAUAUGUAUUUAUGGCCUUACAAGGAAACUCUUGAAUCUAAUACAAAUAUCAUGGGAAUCGUUACAAUAUCGCUAAUUGUUGGUAUUGUUAUCGCUAAACUUGAUCAAUCAGCUGAACCAUUGAGAUUGUUUUUCACUUCAUGCAAUGAAGUUACCAUGUUCAUCACAACUUUUAUAAUUAAAUUAACUCCAAUUGGUGUUUUCUUCCUGAUUUUACCAAGAAUUUUAUCCGUUGAUUCAGUUGAAUUGCUUUUACAAACCGUUGGCUGGUACACAUUUACCGUUAUCUUUGGUAUCUUACUUCAUGGAUCACUAUUGUUACCCUCAAUAUAUUUCAUUCUGACCCGAAAGAAUCCAUAUAAACUGAUCAUGCAAUUAUCGGCAGCACUUUUAACCGCCUUUGGGACAUCAUCAAGUACAGCGACACUUCCGUUAACGAUGAAAUGUCUCGAGGAAAAGGCCGGAAUCGAUCCAAGGAUAACUCGAUCAUUAUUACCAAUCGGUUCCGUCAUCAAUAUGGAUGGUACAGCCUUAUACGAAGCGGUUGCCGCUCUUUUUAUUGCUCAAUCACGAAAUGUUGACCUAAAUUUAACCAAAAUAAUUGUCACAAGUGUAACUGCAACAGCGGCUUCAAUUGGAGCUGCAGGUAUCCCUCAGGCUGGUUUAGUUACCAUGGUUAUCGUCCUGAAUGCUCUGGGUUUACCUGCUUCCGAUAUUUCAAUGAUUUAUAUUGUCGAUUGGUUCCUUGAUCGACUACGAACUCCGUUAAAUGUUAUGGGCGACUCGUUUGGUGCUGCAAUUGUCGCGCAUAUAAGUGAAAAUGAUCUGAGAAAAAUAGAUGAAAGAAAUAAAAUCAAUUCUAAUUCAGUUUAUUCACUUUCGCAUCAUAAACCAUCAAUUUCAAUGAUAAAAUCGGUAAAUAAUCAACAAACAUUUCGGCAAGAAAUUAAUCAACCUGAUAAUCAAUCAAAUAGUAACAAUUUUGAGCUUAAAUUAAGCAACAAUUAACUAAUAAUAACAAUUUUCUUCAACAAUAUUGAGAAAUUUAAAAAAAAUCAAUUUUCCGAUUUCUCUUAUAAUCAAGAUACCAAAUGUUUGCUCAUUUAAAAAUGUUAAUUGUUUACAAUUUAAUUUUCUACUUAUAAUAAACACUCUUGUAAAUUACAAUC